GUUAUUUUGUCCAACCACGUCGUGCACCUACCCGCUGACAAAGUAUUUUGAUUGGUGUGGCUGCCUCGGGACGGUUGUUGGUAGGAAGUAGCCUACAGAUUCUGCCUGCACUCUCACUCAGCUCAAUACCGCUGUAGAAAUGUGAUGGAUUAGAGAAAUAUGUGCCUCGGUUGUCAAUAUGUUGUUCCCCGGCGUUUUCUAUGCGCUUCUGGCGGGGUUUCUCGGGGCUGUCGCAUCUUCAUCUGCAAAGCUGUCACUUGGAGCCGAUUACCUAAAAGGUGUAUGUGAAACGGGGCUACGAACAUGGGGAGAGCAGCGGAAAUUUAGACAACCUGACGAAACUACCGCUUGUGACUGGCUACACAUCCCACUGAGGCUGAUUUGUGGGGGGCUGCUCUUCGCCUGUAAUGCUGUGAUGUGGACGUUCCUCGCUAAGGCGCUCCGGUACUCUUCCUCCUCCACCCGAACCACUGUGACCACUACCGCUUCCAACUUCGUAUCUUCCGCCUUUUUGGGGCAGCUUAUCUUUGGGGAGACCCAGAUUGCGUUGUGGUGGGUGGGAAUCUCCCUCACGUUCUCUGGCCUCCUGGUGCUUCAGAGGGCGGCCCCCAACGACCGAGCCAGGAAGGACGAAUGACAACCUGUCGCAAAGGCACAACUCAUUAAGUGAUCUAGAAAGAAACCAGCAAUGCAACCUAUAGCCUACUAUCUGUGACAAACUAUGGCAUUUCUCGGGUGAACGGCAGCCAUGGCAACUUUGGAAGGGAAAGCACUGUCAAAACAUACCAUGUAAGGAACAGAGAGUGAUUUAUCGUUUGAAACACUUUGGAAGGGAAAGCACUGUGAAAACAUACCAUGUAAGGAACACAGUGAUUUAUCGUUUGAAACACUUUGGAAGGGAAAGCACUGUCAAAACAUACCAUGUAAGGAACACAGAGUGAUUUAUCGUUUGAAACACUUCGACAUCCUCGGCCAUGUGUGCUUGCCAUCGAUUCUUCACCAUGCUUACCACGCUCCGCUUCAGAUCACAAAAGCUUUCAUUUUGCUCACCUGUCCUAAGAUGACCCGAGCUGUAGACUUCCACACCAACAUUGCGUCAUCGCAUGCUCAAGGUGAUGCGUGAACCCGAAGUGAUAAGUCUCACAAAUGCUGCUUACUGCUAGACAUGCGCAAAAUACAGCAAACGCAUAGAUAUUCUCAUCACUUACUACAGUAUCACGCAUGACGUGUGUCAUGUUUAUAGCCAAAUAUAUUGAGGGCUUGACCCUCACACAUGUUUUGUGGAUUCUGAGGUUUGGCCUUGCCUGCCUUUUUUAUAGCAAAUGUCUAAAAGAAAGUUCCUAACAAGGUCUAAACCCAAGUAAGUCGAACCAAAGUACACAAAUCUUUUGAUCCUGCCUGGUAUCCACUGUAACCACAGCAAGGCUCUGUCAAUGCAAUGUGAAGUCAAACUGCUAAAGUGGCCCGAAAAAAUAGUGACCUUCUCAGCUGCCUGUAAAGUAAUCCGGUUUAGUUCACUCCAAAAUCAAAAUAGGGAAGACAUUUUCAAACCUCAAAAGUGGUCUAAUGUUGAGAUGAGACCAACUCCAAUGAAUGGAAAGUAUAGGCACCGUCUAACUUAAUUUUGAGAGGUUGCCUGUCUUUCCAAUUCAUUUGGAGUUGAGGUACAGAGCUGGAUCUACACAGUAGACCGCCUGGACUUCUUGACAUUAGCCCACGUCUGACCUCAACUUAAAUGUUGGAGUGAACUAUCGCUUAUUUCCUUUGGCAGAAGGGACUUAAUUCUGACUUAAUAGGAUGUCCAAACAACAGUUACUCCAAUAUGUCCUUUUAAUUGAGUGCCACCAGCUUUUGUGUUUCAGCUGUAGACCCGUGUCACAUAUAAUGUCCAUCCUAGUUUUCCAUUGCAAUUAAACCCAGUUUGAUGUUAUCCUCGGGGUAAGGGAACCGUCCCGUAGCACAGUCCCUCCCUCUGCAUCUUCCAAGACUUCCAAAAGGUCAAACGUUGCUGUGGGGUUUUCGAACCAAACUACAGAAAGUGGUGUUCUAUAACUAGCAUGUUUGUACUCCAACAGUGUACUUCCCUGACAUUCCUUAACACUGUGAUGCGCUGUUGUGGAAAUGGGCUUUGUGCGUAAUACCGACAACAAACGUUACUGUAGACAGGAGUUUGACUUUACAACUUUACUAUACGAUCAAACUUUGCUGUUUUUUUUUACACAUCAAAUGCAUGCAACAACUAAUAGUAGCUACCUGUAUUCUGACUGUAUCUAUUAGACGAUGAUGAUGUGUCUGUAUAAAUGUAGAACGCACACUAUGAAAUCGAUUCUCCUUCCAGUUGCAGUACAUUACAGACUGCAGGUUGUGUGUGUAAUGUAAUCUACUUCCCUGGCAAUGUGACGAUCUAUGCUAUUGAAUCAGGACGGGAGAAAUUGGUGCCGAACAUUUCUCCUGUGUUCUCAAGUCAGAUAAACAUUUACCUGUGACGCCACCGUCACCGAAGGCAAGAGGAAUCAAAUGCAUUAGAAUAGUGGUUACAUGAAACUCCUUGUUCGCCAGCCCCUGAAUGGGUCACAUUUGUUUGAACGAGUAUACUGUAGAUAUGGAUAUUAUAAACUGUAGAGAUUAGUUUGGGAGGUGCAUAUGACUGACCUGAUAAACUCUGUGUUCCUGAUUAGUGCAGCACGGGGGCUCUACAGGAGGAAUAAAGAAAGGGAAUGUAUUAUAAAUAAAAAUGUAUUAAGAAUCCUUGAAAUGGUUACUUGGACAAGCCACCUCUCCAUCCUUUGAAUAUGUUGCUCUUAGGAAAUUGUGUAUGAUAAGUGAGGAAGUCUCAGAAAAUGGCUGUUAGCCAAUCGAAUUAGAUUGCACAUACUG